AUGCCAACCAUCGCGAUCGGCCGCUCCAGUCCCGAGGACGCUUCAACGUUCAACACACAGACCCACCCUCCCUUCCUCCGCCCAACCCACCUCUACCCCCGCCCUUCGAGCGGACCAACGACGUCCUCGAAGACCCCCGUUCGCACCCCAGCCGGGCCAAGCGUCGUUCACGACCUCACCAAUUACUACCGCCGCGCUCCUCCCCUCCACUGCCGACCGCCAGAUACCCUGCACGCCGGCGUCGUAAGCUCGGCGUACACCCACAUCGCCUUGUUCCAGGAGCAGCACUACACCGGUGUCGAGGUAUUCUACAAGCCGCUGACGUUGACCGCGCUCGGGGCGGGGCUCAUGGUGCUGGCGUACGAUGACCGUUCUAGCGCACAACACCCAGGCGCGACCCAAGCGUAUGAGCUCGCGCUCGUUUUCUUGGUCCUCAUCAUCCUAGACUUGGCGCGGUCGAUGAUGACAUGCUUCAACCCCAAGUUGGGCCGGCCGCUGCCCGAGAAGAGCGACCGUCCGGUCGAGAACGCAUGGGCAUCAAUAUGCACUCCCUUUGACCCACGCUCUCGGUUGGUUUACCUAGGCGUUGAUCCUGCACGACUGCUGGUUCUGUUCGGCCCUCUAAACCUCGCCGAUGACAGCUUUUGA